AUGAAAUCUUACAUUCUUUCCCUAGACAUAGGGGCAUCUGCCUCUUGCGUAUGUUCCGUCAAUUCUAGCAAUCCAAAUGACAUCAAACUGAAUGUCAAUCAGGCAUCUAACCGCCAAACUCCCACUGUCAUCGCAUUCCGUGAUAAUGAAAUGAUAUUUGCAGAAGAAGCGGAGGGUUCACUUGCUACACUUGCAGAUAACGCAGCUACCAUGCUCUCAGUAGUUAUGGGCUUGAAUGAUAAACAAUGUAGCCAAUUUGCGGCAGAUAACUGUCUGUAUUAUUCACCUAAUAUUGUAGAGAUUGAUAAUUUACCAGCUAUUGCUGUUCAAUUUGCUGGAUCAGAAACAAAAAUACCUAUGACUGAGCUUCUAUUCUUUUACAUAAGAAAUCUGUUAGAAGUGCCCCUCUUAGAAUAUCCACAGGAAAUCGAAUAUGAGCUAAUAAUAUCUGUUCCUACAAAUGCAUCUGAUGCAUAUAUACAGGAUUUGGGCAAAUCAAUAUCAUAUCUCAAGGGAAUUAAAAGAGCAUGGGCUGUAUCUGAAUCUUAUGCAUCCCUUCAUCGGUGGUCUAAGGCGCAGCUACCAGAUUACAUGAACAAUUUUACGGAAUCUCACCUUGGAUUUCUUGACAUCGGAUUUUCAUCCACCACAUUUUCCAUAACAAAAGUUGCUAAACUUAUUAGCGAAGAUGGUGCUUAUAGUUACCAGCUCUGUAUCAUUGGAGAACAAACAAUCCCAUUUGGCACCUUAACUAUGAUAAAGUCAAUUAGUGAACUUGUUGCUAAGAAAUUUGAGUUUGAAAUAGACAAAUUGCCAUAUAAAAAGAGGAUAACACUUUUCAAGGCGUGUAAUAAAUGCUUAAAAGAUUUGAGUAUUUCUGAUCAUGCUAAAGUCGAGAUUGAGUGUUUCUUAAACGAAGACGAUUUGCUAUGCCCUAUCACCCGUGAACAGCUCACUGAAGAGGGGAAUAAUCUCAUAGACAAUACUGUAACCAAUUUGAUCAAAGGGGUAUUGAAAACAGCAAACAUGGAAACGGUAGAUAACAUUGAGCUAAUCGGGGGGGGGUCCAGAGUGCCACUAGUGCAAAAAUUGCUUGGAAAGUUCAUUGCAGACGGCAAUAAGUUUAGACACACGAUACACAACAAAUCCUGCAUAGCGCACGGGUCAAUAUUAGCUCUAUUACCACCUGAUGAAAACAUCGUCAUUACCAAAUCUGAUAACUCUGUCAAAGAAAUAGUACUAGUGCCACUUAGUGACGAGGCAAAGGAAAGGAUUGACAAAAUAUACAAUGUUCAUAUGGAACACAAAAAAAAGGUUAACAUGUUAAAUGCGCUGGAAAGUAGGAUUUUGGAGAUUAGAAAUCAUAAGAGUGGAGACUUUUCAGAUCUCAUAUCCGAUGAAAUGAAUCCACUAAUUGAUCAACUUGAAUCUUGGACAUGGGAUUCUUUGAACGACCCAUCAGUGACAUUAACGAAUAUUGAGGAAAAAUUGGAUAGUUUUGAGAAGAAUUUAGAAAAAACAAGUCCGCGCUAUAUAGAGGAGAUUAACAGGAAGCAUGAAGAGAAGAGGAAUAGGGAGAUGGAAAUGUCCGAUGAUACAACACUCACCAAGGAACAACUACUCAAACGCGCUGCGAAGAACAAACAAGAAGGUAACGAGCUGUACGCGGACGGCAAUAUAGAAUUGUCAAUCCAACGAUACAUCAAGAGUUUGGGCUACUGCACUAAGGUUGUGGAUCCCACUGAAGCCCAGUUACAUGAGAUGAAUGACAUAAAAUAUGCCUGUCACCUGAAUUUGGCUCAAUGCUAUCUCAGAUUUGAUUCUGAGCAAGCUUAUAACAAAGCGAAGAAAUCUUGCGAAUCAGCAUUAUCUAUAAAACAAACUGCAAAAGCAUACUUUAAAAUUAGCAUUGCCUAUGAAAAAUUGAAGGAUUUUGACAAAUCAAUGGAUAGUAUUAAGAAGGCUAUGGAAUUAGAAAACAAUAAAACAUUCAGUGAUAGAGCUGCAUUGCUUAAUAGAUUUAUACAGGCUAGGAAAGAGAAGGAGAAAAAAGUCUAUUCAAAAAUGUUUGCGUAA